GAUGCGGAUAUUUCCGACGGCACUUGAAGGCAGCAACAGUUGAUUCCUAAUUGGAGUCAGAUUUUCAGGCCGAGGAGUGGCUUCUACAAGCCGAGACAGCGGGGACAUCCUCCUCCAGAAGGACGAGGGGAUAGUUAGUAAACUGUAAACAACCUGCAGAAAAGUUAAGUUCAGAAGACUUUGAGUAGAUGAACCUAUUUUCUGAAGCUGAGGCCAUGUCUGUGUUGGAUUCGCGUACUUCGGUUUGAGGAUGGAGUCAUCAUGUCUGGACCUGGCUCUGGAAGGUGAGCGGCUCUGUAAGACUGGUGACUAUCGUGCCGGAGUGUCUUUCUUUGAGUCUGCCAUCCAGGUUGGAACAGAGGACCUUCAAAUCCUCAGCGCUAUCUACAGCCAGCUGGGAAAUGCCUACUUUCACCUACAGGAUUAUAAUAAAGCCCUUGAGUACCAUCGGCAUGACCUCACACUUACCAGAACAAUUGGAGAUGAACUUGGUGAAGCCAAAGCCAGUGGAAACCUUGGGAACACAUUAAAACUUUUAGGACGGUAUGAUGAAGCAGUGGUUUGUUGCCAAAGACAUUUGGAAAUCACAAGAGCCAUAUAUGAUAAGGUUGGGCAGGCUCGAGCGCUGUAUAAUUUCGGGAACGUUUACCACGCUAAGGGCAAGAGCAUCUGCUGGACUGGAGCAGAGCCAGGAGAUUUCCCAGAGGACGCCAGGAUAGCCCUCAGGAAAGCUGCACAGUACUACGAAGCAAACCUGUCUCUGGUGAAGGAGUUAGGUGAUCGGGCAGCCCAGGGUCGUACCUAUGGAAACCUUGGUAAUACUUAUUAUCUGCUGGGUGACUUUGAAACUGCAGUAGCUGCACAUGAAAAGCGGCUACUCAUCGCUAAAGAGUUUGGGGAUAAGUCUGCUGAGAGGAGGGCCCAUUGUAACCUUGGCAAUGCUCACAUAUUCCUCAGCCAGUUUGAAGUGGCGGCCGGUCAUUACAAGAGAACUCUGCAGCUGGCCAGGCUUUUGAAGGACAGAGCAGUGGAGGCCCAGGCCUGUUACAGUCUGGGCAACACCUACACACUACUGCAGGACUAUGAGAGAGCCAUUGAUUACCACCUCAAACAUCUGGUCAUUGCUCAGGACCUCAACGACAGAGUUGGUGAAGGAAGAGCAUACUGGAGUCUAGGAAAUGCCCACACCGCCCUGGGGAAUCACGAGCAGGCCAUGUACUUUGCAGAGAAACAUCUGGAAAUUGCCAAAGAGACUGGAGACAAAAGCGGUGAGGUCACAGCCAGGAUGAACUUGUCAGACCUACGACUGGUUGUAGGCCUGAAGUCCAACUCCAACAUCCAUCCCAACAUCUUCCGCAACACAAAUACUAAUAACUCCCCUGUGCCAGUAAGCUAUCAGGGUUAUCCAAACCUCCCAGUUUCAACGGUGAUGACUCCAUCAAGAACGACAGGCAGUUCAGAAAACCUGCGACUGAGUCCAAGUCCUGACAAAAAUCAAAGUGGAGAUUCACCAACACAUCCAGACUGUGAGGAGAAUGUAUUCCCUGCCUCUUCAAAAAACAACACAAUCAAGGCAUCCACUAAGCUCUUCCUCUUCCAACGGCUGAAAAGUCAGAAGCACAAGAACAACAAAUCAUCUUCUAAAGACCAACAAGAAAACCGCACUGAGCACACAGCUCCAGAGGUGGAUAGACCUGUGACUAUUAAGCCGGGAUCACGGGAUACUAUUGGAGAGGAUGGAUUUUUCGACCUCCUCUCUCGUUUCCAGGGCAACAGAAUGGACGACCAAAGGUGCUCUCUACUGGAUGGCAAGAGCCAUCUCCCUGCCCAACCCUCUCCCUCCUCCACCCCACCCGUAGCUGAAAGGAAAUCUAUUUCGGAGUGCGAAACACCAUUGCAGGAUCCUGGUCAUUUCCUGGAGCUGCUGGCCAGCUCCCAGGCCCGUCGUCUGGACGACCAACGAGUCAGCCUGAGCCAUUUUCCUGGCUUACAUCUCAACACCUCCAGCCCGCCUCGUACACCCUCCACCUCCAGCACAGAUCAAGUCCCCACACAAGCCCCCAUCUCCAGUACAACUCACACACCCUCCCUGUACAGUCGCAUAGAGGCAAGCGCUGAGCAGCCUGAGGGGGAUGAUGUCUUCUUCGACAUGCUAGUUAAGUGCCAGGGCUCCAGGCUUAAUGACCAGAGGUGUGCUGCUCCACCCUCUACGACUAAGGGACCAACUGUUCCAGAUGAAGAUUUUUUCAGUCUCAUCCUUCGGUCCCAGUCCAACAGGAUGGAGGAGCAGCGAGUCCUGCCGCCCCAUGGUGUUACCCAAUCCAAACCAGACUGA